GUCCAUUGAGUCAGUACUUUGUACAUACAUACGUGCACUGCACCCUCAUGUGGACUCUCUGCCUGAUGCAGUGGUUCGUCUGCUCAUGUCAGUGGUCCCCUCGUCCACACUCGUGCGCGCACUGAUCUCCUUGCGCGUGGCCUGCUCGAGGGCGGCCAGGAAGUCAGCCACACCCACCACCUCACCCUACACGUAUGUGCCACACACACCACAGAACACAUCCAUGGCCACGGAUGGGUGUGGUGUGAUGGGUGGGUGGGUGCAAGCAGACAAUAAGACAGCACAGCACAACACAACACAACCCGCCAGAGUCUAUAUGUCUCCUGAUUGAUUUACCUGAAUGAUGAAUGCCUGGAAUGGCAGUUUGCGGAGUGCACGGCCGCUGAAGUCCUCACACAGAGAUGCGAUGUAGGCCAACCACCGCCCCCACCUACAUGCGGUCGGUACACAUGCACAUAUUCAUCGACUUUGAGCACCAUGUAUGCAGGUAGGUGCCAAGUAUUCAGUGUGGUCACGUGCGGUGCGUACGUCUCCGGCGAGUUGAAGUCGCGCCAUUCGUUGGCUGAGCGGAAGGACUGCUGAUACUGCUGCUGCUGCUGAGUGCCGUGCACAUCCAUCGGGGCGGCCUGCAUUCAUGACGGGACAGCAGGGAGGGAGGGAGGGGAAGGGGCGACGCACACACCACACACACACACACGCACAGACAUUACGCACAAAUGUAGGCAUCAUGGUGCACCCACCCACCUCGCUCUCGAGGAAGGAAUGCGAGAAGCGUGGCACGCUCCUGCUGCCAACCAACACACCUUUACUCACCUAACAAAGAAACGGACUCAGCCAAUACUGAGACACACGGUGUCUUGGGGGUUGGCUAUGGCUGUCUGCCAUCCAUUAUGUACCAACCAGUUCGUGCACGGCGGAUCUGAUGAUUUCGUAUCUGCAGUUGAGCGAAGGGUUGGGUACGUAGGCCUUGAAGUCAGCACGGUCGACAAACGCCAAAUCUAUCGCACCUGCAGGCAUCAAACAAACAACCGACCAACCAGCAAACAAACAAACAGACGAACAAACAUCCACCUGUAUGUAUGCCUGUCUGAAUGUGUGUGUGUACGGCCUGGCCUGUAGGCUCCGCCCUACCGGUGAUGUUGGAUGUGGUGAGCACCAGGGUGUUGGUGUAGUGCUUGAGGCUGUCUAUCUGAGUCAGCAACGCUGCGUCGGGUUGAGUCGGGACAUGAGAAAACACAUAGACAGACAGACAGACAGACAGGCGUCAAAGCGAUGCUGUGUAUAUAUGCUGUAUGUAUACAUGGCUCUCUGUCUCUCUCCGCGGUGUGUCAGUCCGCCCUUCGUACCGUUGACCACCCGAAUGGCGUCAGAGGGCUCGUUGCCGCCCGACCGACGCGCCGCCGUCAGAGACUCCACCUCGUCUAUCAGCCUGGGACACAGACACAGCCACGCAGCCACACAUUCAUAGAAACACAGAGAGAGACCUGUGUACGGGUGGGGUAUGUUGUGCUGAGCUUCUUUCUUGGCUGCUUGGCUUACACGCACACAAACGAGUCAGGGUCGGAGACGAGGCUGCGGAUGCGGGUGAACAGCUUCGUCACCAGCUUGCCGCUCUCCGAGAACCAUCGUGAGAAGAGGGAGUGCGAGUUGAUCUCGAUGAGCUGCGAGUCGCUGUACCGGUGCUGCAGACGGACAGACAGCUUCUGCACCACACACCACAAGAGACAUACGGCGAAAGUGAUCGAGUAGGCAAUCCACACAGGAAAAAUGAAGAAAGAAUAGGAAUCGCGCAAACCUGAGCCAGCGCCUUGCCUGAAGACCAUGCACACAUGCACCGCACAAUGGGCAGCUCCUGAUGCAACUAGCGUUUCAGGUGGCUAUCUGUCUGAGUCUGCAUGGCCAUACAUGACUUACACAGCGACGUUUUGCCGGUGCCAGGAGGCUGAACAGCAUGACACAACACCAACGUGGGUAAGGCAUGGCAUGGCAUGACGUGGGGGAGUGAAGGAGUGAGUGCUGUGCGUGUGUACCCCGUGCAGCAGCAGGACGCGGUUGAAUGAGACCACCUGUGGGUCGACGCCCUUGUCGGAGAAGAGCAGGGCGGCGUUCGCGUAGCUGAGCAGAUCCUGCUUCAAAAUCCCCUCAUACAUCUACAGCACACACACACCACAGCCAAUCGAAGGAACGUAUCAUGUCUGGCGUGUGUCAUUCAUGUCUUAUGUACAUACUCACCAGCGCCUCCCACAGCCCGAGAUAGUCGCGGUGGGGCAUCGUCCACUGCUGGCAGGCGGGCAUGUUCGACUCGCCGGCCUCUGCACCGUCGACGGCGACCAUCUCCUGGCCCACAUCCGCAUCGCUCAACACAUACACAAUCAGCUCCCAGUGACACUGCCAGCCAGAGGACACACACAAAGACGAUAUGCAUGCCAUGCCAUCAGCCGCGCACGGAAUGCACUCAUUGCAAUGAGUCCUCUCUCUUUUUGCACCCACCCACCCACCUCGAAGAGGUAGAGUUUCUGCCCCGCCUGUGGUGGGUCGGGCUGCCCGGGUGCGUCCUCGAUGACAAUGUGUUUGACCUUGCAACUCCUGGCCGUGGCAUCCGAGAUGCGCUCCACAGGCACCGUGCCGUAGCGCAGGGCCGUCAUGGCACCAUCCAAUUGGCGGAACGCGUCGAGGAGCUGCUGAAACCAACGCAUCACAGGCAACGGGCAUUCGAGUACUGCGUCGGCAGGCCUGGCCAUGGGUGGAACGCUCACCCUAUCUUGGAUCUUGGGAAGGAUGUGCCCCACCUCCGAGGACACACCCACCUCAAUGAGCGCACGGCGCUUCGAACCACUGCUGAGGCCUUCCAUCGUGGCCAGCCGAGGGUUCCUGACGGAACCCUAAACCCUAAACCCUAAGAAGAGAAGAAGAAAAACACGAAGGAGAGGCAUCCAUCUCCAUCGCAGUUUGUCUGUCAAGGUCACGGCGUGGUGUUGGGGCGAUGGACGGGGCUGGGGUGUUCUCAUCGGAUGAGUGAGCGUGCCCUUUGUGCAUAGGCAUAUGUGGAUAGAUUCAUGGAGGCGAUCUGAACAAGCGAGUGCAUGGAUGCCAUCUGUCAAUUAUCUCUUCCCUCGUCUGUCAAGGUCACCCACAUCAAAAGAAAUCAUUGCACGCCGAUUUCA